UGUUUUGCGCGUAUUACCAACGGACCUUUUCUGUCAAGGAGGGGGACGUUUCAUAUCGUCUUAGUAAUGGCGGACACAUGUGGCCAAGUCCUCCUUGGGUCUGGAUUAACAGUCCUUUCCCACCCUCUUAUGUACAUCAAGGUUUUAGUUCAGGUUGGACAUGAACCUCUUUCUCCUACUCUAGGAAGAAAUAUGUUUGGUCGACAGGUGUACCAGCUUCCAGGGCUUUUUGCAUACGCCAAACACAUCAUCAAGAUCGAUGGGAAAUCAGGCCUGUUUAAGGGUCUCACCCCAAGGCUUUGUGCUGGGACCAUUGGCACCAUUGUUCACAGUAGAGUCUUGCAGAAAUGCCAGGAUGAAAAAAUUGAGAUGGUGGCAAGCAGUCAGAAAGCAGAGGAUGGUUCUCUGCAACAUGUAGUAAAUGAGACCACUAAAGAGAUGAUUGCACGCUCAUGUGCUACAAUUAUCACACACCCUUUUCAUGUAAUCACACUCAGAUGCAUGGUCCAGUUUAUUGGUAGAGAAGCCAAAUACAGUGGUGUCUUUGACUCUAUAGUUACCAUCUACAGAGAAGAGGGAAUCCUGGGGUUUUUUGCUGGUCUCAUUCCUCGUCUACUGGGUGAUGUUCUUUCCCUGUGGAUCUGCAACAUGCUUGCUCACUUCAUAAACACAUAUGCUAUAGACGACUCGACGAGUCAUACAGGAGAGAUCAAAAACUGCUCUCAAGCUGUGACUGGGUUUUUUGCAAGUAUGCUGACGUAUCCAUUUGUACUGGUGUCCAACCUGAUGGCAGUAAAUAACUGUGGGCUGGCUGGAGGUCUGCCACCUUAUGCUGCCGUUUAUCCCAACUGGCUCCACUGCUGGAGUCACUUGAGCCGAGAGGGCAAUAUGAGCAGAGGCAACAGUCUGUUCUUCAGAAAGUUGCCUGCAGGGAAGACGUAUGCCGUUGAGCAGAAGAGAUUUUUUUGAAUGGGAAGCUAUCAGCAUAGACUAAAAUUAUAAUAAUAUAACUGAGCUGGCCCACAAAGUUGGACUCCUAAUUCUUCGUAUGCACUUAUUUAAGAUGACAAUUUUUUUUGAUAAUCAGUCCGCAUCAGCCUCCAGGAUUAUUUUAUCAGUACAUUGUUUUCACUGUGGUAUGAUUUGAUUUGAAAUCAUGAAACGUAAAGAGCUUUAUUUUAAUACCCAGGGAUUUGUAUACAUAAACAAGUUAAACAAACUGCAGUAUAAUUUCAGUGGAGCACUCGAGGGCGCUCCAGACCAUCUGUGCCUGAGUCCAGUACAGGCCCCUUACAUCACGUUUUUGUGCUUGACCAUAAUGCUUGUCUGUAAAACAGUAAUAAUACACCUGCUGUUGUCUCUACUGGUUCAUGCACUGACUGACUGAGAAACAUGAAUUUCUCUUCCCUGUUAAUAGUAGACUGUAUUGUGUGUGUGUGUUCAUGUGAGAGGAAGGUUAUGCAUCACCUUGUACCACUGCAUUGUCUGUCUAUCUGAUGUCUAGCAGAUGCGUCUUGCAUAAAUUUAAGCUUUACCUGUGCCCUGGUGAUUUUGACAUGUAAGAGCCUCUGUGGAUUCAUAUCAGUGAGGGAGUUAGAAUAGUGUGUGUUGUGGAGGGCAUUUCCAGCCGCAUCUCCACCAGAGCUCUGGUCCAAUCAUAAUCAGUUGAGAUUUUUAUUUCUAAUGAUGUUCUAAUUGAUCCAAAUAAAUGUGAGAAUGCUU